UCAUUAGGACAUGCACAUGGAUACCGUAUUUGCAUUGCAAGAGAAGAAAAGGUACUUUACACAUUCGUACGUGUUGCGAAAACGAAGAGCAUAUCAUGAAGCACUCUACAUUUUUAUAUUCUUGGUGAAUGGCAUGUGAAUGGAACAUUGAGGUAUUGUCAGUGGAAUGGAAUACAUUCGACCAAGAAAUUGGGCAGGUGGAAUAGAUUUAUUUUGACUUGACGUUUGUUUGACUGUCAUUAGUGUCAAUAGUGUCGUUGUCGUCAUUAUUUUGGCAUUGGCAUCUCUUAGAUCUCUCAGAAGUAUGGAAAAAAUAACAAGUUAUUUGUAAUAAACAUCGGAUAUUAUGACAACUAAAUUAAAAUAAAUUUAAAUUUGUGAGAACCAAUUGAAGGAAAUAAUCUAUGCCUUUUUCGCUUUGAAAUGAUGCAACAUCAAUAGGCUUGUAAAAGGAAAGCAGUCAUGGAAAGAUUUCCUUUGAAGUUAACAACACCUAAAAUGAACACAACAUAUCAGUCUGUGUAUAAAAAGGGGUCGAGCGGCAGGAAUGGGGCCGGCCUGGGUGCGGGCGGAGCCGAUGAGCUGGUAGAGAUCGCAACGACGCGACCGGCCCACGGCGACAGCGCACCCACCAGCCACGGAACUUUCCAGCUCUACGAGCACGGCGCCCGGACCAACCACCCUGACAGUACGCCCAACUCUUGCAUUGCUCAAUAUUUUGGCGAAUCUACUGGGGACGCAGUUAUAUUUUCUGGUAUGCAGGUAGGCGAUGAUGACAUCCCUGGCAUUGGUCAGUAUGACGACUUCCACACGAUCGACUGGCAGCGUGACAUCGCACGUGACCGCAUGCGCCACAGAUACAUAGUCAAGAAAAGGCAAGACUCAAUAUGGGACUUAAUCAAAGGCGCACACGACGCGUGGUCGGGCUGGGUGUGCGUGCUGCUUGUGGGCGUGUGCACGGGCGUGGUGGCCGGCGUCAUCGACAUCGGCGCCUCCUGGAUGACAGACCUCAAGUUCGGCAUCUGUCCGCAGGCCUUCUGGUUCAAUCAAGAACAAUGCUGUUGGUCUGACAAUGAAACUACAUUUGAUCACGGAAAUUGUUCACAGUGGGUGACAUGGCCAGAACUGCUGGGAGGCUCCCGUGAAGGCCCGGGCGCCUACAUCAUCAGUUACCUGUUCUACAUAGUGUGGUGCCUCAUAUUCGCGGCUCUUUCAGCGUCGCUUGUGCGCAUGUUCGCGCCCUAUGCCUGUGGCUCUGGUAUACCUGAAAUUAAAACUAUUCUCAGUGGUUUCAUCAUCAGAGGUUACCUCGGCAAGUGGACGCUAAUCAUAAAAGUCGUGGGCCUAAUACUGUCAGUGUCUUCUGGAUUAAGUCUCGGGAAGGAAGGGCCCAUGGUACACAUCGCGAGUUGCUUGGGUAACAUAUUGUCAUAUUUAUUCCCUAAAUAUGGCCGCAAUGAGGCAAAGAAACGUGAGAUCUUGUCCGCCGCCGCUGCAGCCGGCGUAUCCGUCGCCUUCGGGGCGCCCAUCGGUGGAGUGCUCUUCAGUUUAGAGGAGGUGUCAUAUUAUUUCCCUCUGAAAACGCUGUGGCGCUCGUUCUUCUGCGCCCUAAUAGCGGCUUUUAUCCUGCGCUCGAUCAACCCUUUCGGCAACGAACAUUCUGUCCUCUUCUUUGUGGAGUACAAUAAACCGUGGAUAUUCUUCGAGCUGAUACCAUUCGUUGGACUGGGGAUUAUAGGUGGCUGCAUCGCGACGAUAUUCAUAAAGGCGAACCUGUACUGGUGCCGCUACCGCAAGUACUCGAAGCUGGGCCAGUACCCGGUGACGGAGGUGCUGGUGGUGACGCUGGUGACGGCCGUGAUCGCGUACCCCAACCGCUACACGCGCAUGAACACCAGCCAGCUCAUCUACCUGCUCUUCAACCAGUGCGGCAUCUCCAACUCCGACCCGCUAUGCGACUACAAUCGCAACUUCACUGACGUGAACUCUGCCAUCGAGAAGGCGGCGGCGGGCCCGGGUGUGUACCAGGCCAUCUGGCUGCUGUUCCUGGCGCUGGUGGUGAAGCUGGUCAUGACGGUGUUCACCUUCGGCAUCAAGGUGCCCUGCGGCCUGUUCAUCCCCAGCCUCGCGCUCGGCGCCAUCGCCGGCCGCAUCGUCGGCAUUGGCGUGGAGUACCUGGCGUACAAGUACUCGAAGAUUUGGUUGUUCUCGGGCGAGUGCUCGACGGGCGACGACUGCAUCACGCCGGGGCUGUACGCCAUGGUGGGCGCCGCCGCCGUGCUCGGCGGUGUCACGAGGAUGACAGUGUCACUGGUGGUGAUAAUGUUCGAGCUGACGGGCGGCGUGCGGUACAUCGUACCGCUGAUGGCUGCGGCCAUGGCGUCCAAGUGGGUGGGCGACGCGCUCGGCAAGCAGGGCAUCUACGACGCGCACAUCGCGCUCAACGGCUACCCCUUUCUGGACAGCAAGGACGAGUUCCAGCAUACCUCGCUCGCAGCUGACGUCAUGCAGCCCAAGCGCAACGAGUCGCUGUCGGUGAUCACGCAGGACUCGAUGACGGUGGACGACGUGGAGGCGCUGCUGAAGGAGACGGAGCACAACGGCUACCCCGUCGUGGUCUCCAAGGAGUCGCAGUACCUAGUCGGCUUCGUGCUGCGCAGGGAUCUCAACCUCGCCAUGGCCAACGGCCGGCGCAUGGUGGAGGGCAUCACGGGCCAGUCGCUGGUGGUGUUCGCGGGCAGCGGGCCGCCGGCGGGCGCGGCAGCGGCCGGCCACGCGCCGCCGCCGCUCAGCCUGCAUCGCAUCCUCGACAUGGCGCCCAUCACCGUCACCGACCAGACGCCCAUGGAGACCGUCGUCGACAUGUUCCGCAAGCUCGGCCUGCGCCAGACGCUCGUCACGCACAAUGGGCGGUUGCUGGGCGUAAUUACGAAGAAGGACGUCCUGCGCCAUGUGAAACAGAUGGACAACGAAGAUCCUAAUUCUGUUUUAUUCAAUUGAUUAAACGAAACAGUAUAAACCGACACGCCAACAGCGUAUGACCUGCAAGCAUAACCCACGUAUUAAAAGUUAGGUUAGUGUUGUUGAUAUUCAAUUUUCAUUAGAUAACUGUAACUGGUUCAACUAGUAUUGUUCAACGAUGAAUAUAAAAAUAAGGUAAUGCCUCACAUAGCCGGAAGGAAGAGAAAAUUGAUUCGACCCAAUUUGAAAUCAUAAUUUUAUGUGAUGAGUGAUACUAAUAUCUUUGUGCUAUGGUGGCGCUCGCCUAGGCGGUUCAGGAUGCAUGAAAAUUUGAGUCUACAAGAGUUAAAAUUGUUGCCGCACCGAGCGUAAUCAUCGUUUUUUACCUUUUUAGGUAUAGUUUGUAUUAUUUAUAACACAAUUUCUAGAUGACAUUAUUUAUACAAAAUGAUUUGAAUAUUUAAUUUUAUCUCAAUUGGGCCAUCGUAGGCGUUGUUGGAUGUACAUGCGCAUUAUUUGAAGUAACAGCGUUUAUUUAUUUUUUGAAUGGGCAAGCUAUAUAGAUAUAAACCUCUGUAUGGAGACAACCUUUGAGAAAGCCGACUGGCAUUUUUUAACAUGGUAUGAAACUCCUUUUACAUCUUUGUAUUAUAUAAUUAUUAUUUUAUUGUUGUCUCUAGUUGUAGGAGUAGUAAAUUUAAAUAAUUAUAUUAAUGUGUUAAGUCAAACAUUUUAUUUAAUAGAACAAUUAAUAUUUUGUACAUUUAGUGCAAUCAAAGUGUGCAUAUAAUUUGCUGAUGUAAUUAAUAUUUUCAUAAUGAUAUUUUAGUUCAGAAAUCAUAUGCGUUACAUGCAAACCUCAUUAAGGUAUAGCAUGCAUCAAGGUAUAGAAAGUUGAACUUGAAAAACUGCGGAAAUUUAUCAAAAUGAGAUCCCUCUGUUCGCUGUCUUGGCUUGAAUAAUGUUCCUUUGAUAAAGAAGGUAUGCGUGAUAUUUAUUGGUAGGUUUUAGAUACCAAUCAAUGGUAUUUUUUUUUAUAUUUAGCUCUGGACAUUGAGCAAUUUGCAAUAUUAACGCAAAAUCAUGUUAUUACAAUUUUUAGUUGUCUAAUGGAUUUUAAUAAUCAAUUAAGGAGAUUUGAAUCAUUUUUAUUCUUAUAUCUUGACUUUUCAUUUGUAUGAUUUCAGAAUAAGUUCUCAUAAUCAUUCAAGAAAUUGUACAUAAUGAAUCAUUGUUAAUAUUUAUGAGUAUAGUAGUUGACAUAUGAAAUAAUAAUUAAUUUUAAUAAAUAAUCUUGAUAAUGUAAA